UCUCCAGGCCUCAGACGUCCCCCGAGGACCUGAAGGCGUUGAUGGGGAACGUCAACAGCCUCAACCAGAGCUUCGGGGACAUGCAGCUGAAGCUGCUGCACCUCCCUCUGAAGGGGAACGUGCUGGAUCACGUCUGGAGGCUCCAGGACCUCCUGCAGAACCACUCAGACUCCUUGUUCCUCAUGACGGGGUCGUUGCAGAAGCUGGAAGGGCUUCUCUGGAGCUUAGAGAUCCAAGCUAGCCAAACUGACAAGGCCGUGGCCAACCUCUGGGACAGCUUGAACCAGCAGAACGACGCCACCCAGGAGGACAUCUCCAAGCUCUCCGUGGAAGGCAACAGCAGCAAGCUGCUGCUGCAGCACCACAACCACCUCCUGAGCCACUUGGGCAGCAGGGUGGAGAGCUUGAGCGACCAAGUGAUGACCUUGAGCGGGGCUUUGGACACCAUGAACAGGAGCUUCUCCUACGACCUCCACGUCCACCACGGCCGCCUCAAGGACCUGCAAGGGCUGCUCAGCAACGCCAGCGAGGACGCCCGGCAGAUGCGGCGGGUCCACGCCACCCUGGAGGAGCAGCUCAAGGAGGAGAUGGCCACCCUCAGCAACAUGACCAACGAGCUGCUGCUGUGGGCUUGGGAGAAGUCCUUCGUGCUGAAGAACAUCUCCAUGACGCGGG